UAGUUUGUGGUCGAAAAUGAAACAGAUCACUGAAGACUCUUUGGACUAUUACCUCCGAUCACCAGCCCAACAUUUGCGAUUGGGAAUGCCCCCGUUCCAAAUCCCACUCUGCAUAGUGUGACAAUCGAUUAAGGAAACUAUACCAGGUAGCUUGUACUAGUCAGUAUAGAAGUUAUUUUACUUGACUUAUCAGCGAUAAUACACUUUACAUUUCAAAACAAUUAGCUUGCUAAUAUUCUACCGAAUUGAAAUCACAUUGGCUACCUUAUGUCACCUAAAAUUUCCAUAACUGCUUUUAUUUUUGUCGUCAUCAUUUUUCUACAUAUUUCACUUAAAUGUCAAGUACUGAGAACCAGUUGACUAAUCCACGCGGUGGAAACCUACAUGCUAGUAACAAUAACACACAUUCGGGUGCUGGCAGGACAAGCUCCAACAGUCUUUUCCAAACAGAAACUGCUAUUUCAAAAGUGGAUAUUGACGAUGAACUGGACUUAUUCUAUAAAGAACUUGAACAGAUUGAUCCAGAAGAUGUAAACCAAUCCGAUGACUCCGACACUGUGGACACUUGUGUUAUUGGGCCAAAACCAAAGCCCAGCCUUGUGGACAAGCGUGUUAUUGGGCCAAAACCAAAGCCCAGUCUUGUGGACAAGCGUGUUAUUGGGCCAAAACAAAAGCCCAGCCUUGUGGACACGUGUGUUAUUGGGCCAGAACCAAAGCCCAGCCUUGCUGCUUCAGACCUGGGGGUUCGGCAGCCUCCACCAGACCAGCAGCAGAAUGAAUCCUCACACAAUCGUGGACAGACGUCACACAGACCUGACUCUCAUACAGGUCAUUCAGUGCCACCACCACACAAAAAAUAUUCAUAUGCCCUAUCGCCCAGCAAUGCAGCGAAUGAGAACGAGAAGCUGAUAAAUAUCCAGGGGCCUCCUCUCCAAAAUGUGCCACUACCACCACCACCACCAUGUACCUUUGAUGACAGACCAAGGUACGACGACCUCAGGGAUUCAAACCAGGAUUAUUCUUGGUUAGAGCAGCAGGGACCAAUAGACUCAUAUGUUCAUAAUGAAUAUGGUGCUGGUGGUGGUGGCGAUGGCUGGCCCUGUGAUGGCCAGCUGUCUCGAGGUCAUCAUCAUCACAGGUUCAUCCCAAAUAGGUCCCAUUCAUUUCGAAUGGAGCCGCCUGUUGGCUUUGACACGUAUGGCCAGCAGGCCAGUUCUUCCGGCUGGUCUUAUGCAGACGAACAACAUCAUCAGCAUCAUUGGCAGGUGCCACAGCAUCCCAGUCCAAGCCCUUAUUCUUCAGACUCCCUGUCGUUGAUAAUAAUGAGGGGUGCUCCUGGAUCUGGGAAAUCCACAAAGGCCAGGGAGCUACUGUCAUCAGGUCCCAAUGGACUGAUCCUGAGUACUGAUGACUACUUUCUUCAAGAGGACGGCUACACCUAUGACCCAAGACUACUCAGUGAUGCACAUUGCUGGAACCAAAAUCGAACACUGAAGGCAUUAUGUGAAUACCACUCACCAGUUAUUAUUGACAAUACCAACAUGCAGGCCUGGGAAAUGAAGCCAUACGUCGAAAUGGCUCUCCACAAAGGAUAUAGUGUGUGUUUCCAGGAACCAAACACUGCUUGGAAAUACGAGCCCUCGGAAUUAGAAAGGCGGAAUAAACACGGUGUUCCAAAGGAGAAGAUUGCUAAGAUGCUGGAGCGCUUUGAGCUCCCCAUGACAGUGGACAUUGUGCUUAGGUCUAAGGACCCUUCCCAUCUGAGAACAGACCAUGCAUUUAGAGGGCAGCGUAAAAGGAGAAUGGACAUUGAGGAUUAUUAGUAAAACUACACUGCUGCAGUGCAUUCACUCUCUGUACUAUUUCAUUGUUUUUAAUAUUUCUACAUCGUUGAAAACGGGUCUGGGAAAAAAUUUAACUGUAAUGUCAGUGCCCCCCCAACAUGUUUUAUGGGAUAUUGGGGUUUGGGGUAAACACAAUUGUUUUGUAGUCAUUGAUGUCUUCUCUGUAAAUUGCAAUAAAAUCGUUGAUUUUAUGUA